AUGGGGCUCAUUGCCCGCCCAGAGAGGGAUGCAGUCUGGGACUCAGAAGCAUCUGCAGCAACAAGUGGGCUGGAACAAGCCCAGAGCCCAGGGAUGUUCCCUCAAGAAGAACAGUGUCCACUCAGGAACUUGAACCUUCACUACGUCAUGGGUCAACACAAGGAUAAGGAAAAAGGACUUCCUGCAGAUCGCUCUAUACAAAAAGGAAUCAGGUUAGUGACUGAAACUCAGCCACGCCCAAGACCCCAGUUAACUCUGGCUCAGCCUCUGACCUGCGAUUGUUCCAGCCCACUUGUUGCUGCAGAUGCUGCUGAGUUCAGGACUGUGUCCCUGUCUCCAUGCGCAAUGAGCCCAGAGUGGUGGAGCGCCCCUGCAGUGCUGCACCUCUGUGGGGGGCUGCUCCUCCUGCUGCUGCUGUUGAACACGCCCCCCGUGCGCAGUGACUGCAGCUCACCCCCAGAUAUGCCUAAUGCGACACCAGUUUUGAAAGGUGCUACAACUUUUCCUGUUGACAAGAUGGUGUAUUACACAUGUAAUAUAGGCUACGUCAAAAUUCCAAGAAAAUCACACGCCAUUCAAUGUCUCAGUGACAAUACAUGGCUACAAAUAGAUCCAAACUUCUGCGGUCGUAGCUGUCCACCUAUACCCAGAUUCGCGUUUGCAACGCUCAAAAAGAUUCACAUCUCUCAGAAUUACUACCCAGCAGAUACAGUCGUGGGGUAUGACUGUGCCACAGGUUUUGAAAGCAUCCCUUCUAAACCUGCAGAAGUAACUUGCCUUGCUAAUUAUACAUGGUCCAUCCCAGAUGAAUUUUGUAAAAAAAAAUCAUGUGCUCAUCCUGGAGAAUUAAAAAAUGGCUAUAUCAAUAUAACAGAAGGCCUAUUAUUUAAUUCACGCAUCUCCUUCUCAUGCAACCUGGGGUACAAAUUAAUUGGUGCAACUUCUACUUUUUGUGUAGAAAUUGGGGAAAAAAUGGUCUGGCUUAAACCACUACCGACGUGUAAAGGAUAUACAUGUAAAACAUUGACAGUUUUGCUUAUGACAGUAACUCUUGGCUACCUGAUUUAG